AUGGAGUUGGCGAUGAACCGGCUUCAGAGGUGUGGGAACAAGCGAGGGUUGUACAUUUUGAGGUGUAGCCCUAAAGAUUUCAACAAGUAUUUUCUGACUUUCCCUGUUGAGGUGUACGACGCUGUAGAAUACAAGCACUGCCAGAUAACCAGGUCUGACAGCAGGGAGUUUAACCUCAGUGGAACAAAAAGAAACUUCAGCAGCUUGCAGGAGCUUCUCAGCUGCUACCAAAAGGAAACUGUGCGCUCUGACAGCGUCAUUUUCCAAUUCAGCAAGUGCUGUCCACCUAAAUCCAAAGAAAAGUCUUGCCUCCUUGUGUGCAGAAGCAACAAGGGCUCUGAAGUGCCUCUGUCUCCAUCUCUACAUCGACGAAACAUCAGUCAGAUGGUGUUUCACAAGAUCAGGAAAGAAGAUCUUGAAUUUAUGGAGAGUCUCGGCCAAGGGACAUUUACCAAGAUAUUCAAAGGGGUCCGCAAAGAGGUGGGAGAUUAUGGACUCGUGCACCAAACUGAAGUUGUCAUGAAAGUCCUGGACCAGGCCCACCGAAACUACUCUGAGUCUUUCUUUGAAGCUGCCAGCAUGAUAAGCCAGUUGUCCCAUAAGCACCUGAUCCUUAACUAUGGUGUCUGUGUCUGCGGAGAUGAAAAUAUCAUGGUGCAGGAACUUGUGAAGUUUGGUUCUCUGGACACCUACCUGAAGAAGAACAAGAACUCCAUAAACAUCCUGUGGAAGCUGGAGGUGGCGAAGCAGCUGGCCUGGGCCAUGAACUUCCUGGAGGAAAAGCAUCUUGUCCACGGGAAUGUCUGUGCGAAGAAUGUUCUACUGAUCAGAGAGGAGGACCGGCGGGCUGGGAACCCCCCCUUCAUCAAACUGAGUGACCCUGGCAUCAGCAUCAAUGUUCUGCCCAGAGAAAUCCUGAUAGAGAGGAUCCCUUGGGUGCCGCCUGAAUGUGUGGAGGACCCCGGCAGCCUGAGCCUGGCUGCAGACAAGUGGAGCUUUGGCACCACUCUCUGGGAGAUCUGCAGCGGGGGGGAGAAACCGUUAGCAACACUGGACAACUCAAAGAAAACCCUGUUCUACGAGGAUCACCACCAGCUCCCUGCUCCAAAGUGGACCGAGCUGGCCAACCUGAUCACCAGCUGCAUGGACUACGAGCCGGCGUUCAGGCCCACGUUUCGCGCUGUUAUCCGUGACCUCCACAGCCUUUUCACACCAGACUAUGAGUUGAUUGUGGACAGUGACAUCGUGCCAAACAGGACGGUGGGCUCCGGCUUGUCCACCGGGGGCUUUGAGAGUCAGGAGCCGGCCCAGUUUGAAGAGAGACACCUCAUAUUCCUGCAGCAACUGGGCAAGGGUAACUUUGGCAGCGUGGAGAUGUGUCGGUAUGACCCGCUUCAGGACAACACCGGAGAAGUCGUGGCCGUGAAGAAACUCCAGCACAGCACUGCAGAACACAUACGAGACUUUGAGCGGGAGAUCGAGAUCCUGAAAUCUCUGCAGCAUGAGAACAUCGUCAAGUACAAAGGAGUCUGCUACAGCGCAGGACGACGAAAUCUCCGUCUCGUCAUGGAAUAUCUGCCCUAUGGAAGUCUGCGAGAUUACCUCCUGAAAAAUAAGGAGAGGAUCAACCACAAGAAGCUCGUGCAUUACACCUCGCAGAUCUGCAAGGGUAUGGAGUACCUGUCCAGUAAGCGGUAUAUCCACAGAGACUUGGCAACCCGAAAUAUCCUCGUGGAGAGUGAGCUGAGGGUGAAGAUCGGAGAUUUCGGCCUUACCAAAAUUCUGCCUCUGGACAAAGAGUACUACAUGGUCAAAGAGCCAGGAGAGAGUCCCAUAUUUUGGUAUGCGCCUGAGUCGUUGACAGAGAGCAAGUUCUCUGUGGCGUCAGAUGUCUGGAGCUUUGGAGUCGUGCUUUAUGAGCUCUUCACCCACAGCGAGAAGAACUCCAGCCCUCCUGCAGUUUUUAUGUCCAUGAUGGGAAAUGACAAGCAGGGACAGCUGAUCGUCUAUCACCUCAUCGAGCUCCUCAAGUCAGGCAGCCGGCUGCCUCAACCCCUUGGGUGUCCCGCAGAGAUACACGAGAUCACAGAGGAGUGCUGGGACAACGACCCCAGCCUGCGUCCUUCUUUCAAGGAGCUUGCCCUUCGCAUCGACCUGUUCAGGGACAGUAAGGAGUUUUAAACUGACAAAUCACCCAAAGUGCCCGCUCCUCUUCAACCGAGUCACUCUUAACAUUGUUGCCAUGUUUGUGGCAAAGGGACAAGGCCAUGAUGAGGUCCUCCUCCUGCGGAGUGCCAGUAUGUGGCAGAGCAGCUCGUGACUGGAAGAGCUGUGGUUCCAAACUAGGACCAGCUUAAAAACUACUGCCAAGGUGCCUUUAAGUAAGGCCCUCCAUCCCCAUUUCUAAAGUGGAGUGCCAUUGGGGCUUGCAGCAGAAUGGAAAUGUUCAAAGUACUGUUGAAGGUGAUGUUAGUCAGAUUAAGUGUUUUUAAAAAAAAAAAGAGUUCAAGAGUUUGUGGAGACUGUGAGUAGACUAUUGCCAGGCCUUAAGCUAGAGAUGCUUGUGUCAAACAAGUUCUCUCUCUCUGUGUGUGUGUGUGUGUGUGUGUGUGUGUGUGUGUGUGUGUGUGUGUGUGUGUGUGUGUGUGUGUGU